AAAAAGUUGUGAGUGCUUCAGAAUGCGCGGACGGUUUCUUUUCAUAUUCCAUUCAAAUUCCAUGAAUCAGUGAUAAUUCUGUCAUUGUGCUAAACUCUGCGUUUUCAACACCCUCUCUUGCUUGAAAAUAUUGGCAUUUCCUCUGUAGAAAAAUGGGUGAAACAGCAGAAACGGAAGAGCUGGCAAGGCAUGCUUUACUUGGAGAUGCCACUUUCUUACCCAACUAUUUUGAGAACAAGGCAUUCAUAUCUGCUCGCAUUGACGAAAUUGAAGCUUUAAAUCUAGCCAUAGGAGAUGCGUCUCAAAAGGGAAUGGUGUUUCAGACCCUGCCAAAACACAUGCGACGCCGUAUCAUGAGCCACACAAUCAAAAGAAUGCCUCGAAAACUUAGAGAGGCUCACACACGCUCUUUAAAAUCAACGGGAGCUUUAAGUGCUGUUCUCAAACGACCCAGCCGAAAGUACCGGCGGCGACCAAGCAAUCUACUGAAAGAGUACAAUAGACGACAGAAAACAAACAUUUGGCUGGAAACUCAUAUUUGGCAUGCCAAACGGUUCCACAUGACCAAAAAAUGGGGGUAUCAUCUUGCCGACCGACCCAACGAUAAAAGCUACCGUGCAUGUUAUCGUGCAGCUGCCAAUCAUUGUCUAUUACAGGACUUAUCCUUUAUGAACUGCAUUGAGCUUUUAGGGCCUUACAGUCAUCUUGUCGCCACACUCAAGUCCCACACUAGUGCUGAAUGUGGACUGACCUUUGGCGCAAAAUGCUACAAAAGUGGAGUUCGAGAAGGGAAUGUCAUGUUCUUUGAAAAGGAUAAGUAUCCUUUUGGUGCCAUCGGCAAAGUUGAUUUUCUUUGGAGAUUCAAUGAUUUAUCUGAAGAAACUGAUGCCAAGUUGUGGCUGUGGUGUCAUCCUGCCUAUUUCAAUCAAAUUUUAGAGCAAAUCAUUUCUUCUUUUGAUUUACAAAUUGUCAGUUCUGACGGGAAACAAUCAAAGAAAAAAAAGGAGAAACGCAAAGAGAAAUUGAAGCUUGACACCAGAAAUAUCCCUUUUACGAGAGUCCCUACUUAUACUAGCUCAACAGGCAUUGUCAAACUGAAUUUAUUGAAAGAUACGUUGAACAGGUUUCGAUUGACGGGUCCACUUGCCAAUGCAGUUCUAACAUCUGCGUUCAAGAUUCCUGAGCCUAGCUCGUCAGCUGAAUUUGAAGCUUUUGAUUGGUGGAGCGAAUAUUAUUCCUCGGAGAAAAAGUCUGCAGCUUACGCAGCUCAGAAAAACUUCUGGGCUCUCUUGGCCUCCUGCACAAGCCCUUGUCAGUUACCACCACAUUCUGCCGUAUCCGUCACAAUUGUUGAUCCCCGAUUAACCUUGCCACAAACGAGGACAAAAGCAGUUCCAGACAAAACUGUGACUCCUCAUCAAAUGCCGGUAUUGACUUUAGACCCACUUUGUAGCGACAGCCCUCUGUGGGAUAGUGCAAUUCGUGACAAGGUCACGGAAACCAAACUUUCAACGGCAGAGUUGGGAGAACGGCGAUCAAAGCGAGUAGUCCCGGGUAUCCUGCCCGGAGAGGCUGAGGUUUUUCCUAGUUCACGCAUUCCUAUUUUGCUUAUUCAAAGGCCUGGUGUACAGUCUAGUUCAAAACGAAUAGGUUUUGGUGGCGGCUGGGAUAUAAUCUCACCGGCUGGCUGGGGCAUGGCCUUGUGGGUGGGUCUUGUGUUUAGAGGAUGUCGAGCAGGAGGUUUGCGUGAAGCAAUCUCACUUUCUCGCGAAAUGGGGACCCCAUUAUUCAAUGAACCAGAUACUGAAGCGGGGCAGAUCAGCAAUGAGUCAGAAAAGAAAGCAAACCUAGAUGCAUAUUUCAGGAAGCCUCCUGCAAAGCGAUUGAAUUUCAUCCUUAUGGGUAUUCCAACUCCUUUCGACUUCCAGUGGUCACGACUCAUUGAUGAAUGGAAUUCAUCCUCCAGCUUGCUGCCUGAGAAUCCGAGCUCUGACGGCUCUUUCUUUGUUUUACGGAAUAGGUUUUAUCUAGACCAAUUAUCAUCUUUCUUGACUAGGAAUGUACAAAAGAAAAAAAUCGAAAAACAAUUAAAAAAACUUCUAAUACUUGAGCCAGCGCUAUCCAAGUGCUUAGUACCUAUUAAUGUUCUUUUAAAUAAUGGUGGUAAAUUAGAUAAGUAUUCAUUAGUAUGCCUUCCAAAUGAAUCUGACUUUUCUGGAAUAAAACAGACUCAUAGUCGAAAGCGAAUGAGAGAUAAGUGUAUGAUUGAUAAAGAUAUCAUAGAAAGCCAGCAUGAAGAUUAUCACUUUGAUAAAAGACAAUCUCUGAGGGCAGAGCAUCAGAAACUGUUGAAAAAACUCAGAAGAAAAAGAGUAAUAGAAUAUAGGAAAAGGAGAGAGGAGCAAGCAAACUGUUGUCUGGCAGAUCUCAAAAUUCGAAAGAGGAAAGUGAGGAAACCCUCACCAACAUUAGAGUUAGUGAAAGAUUACAAUGAAAAAAUGCGAGCGCUUUGGUUACCCAACGAAAAAUCCAUACAAAAUUCUAAUUCAAGAGUAGUUAUGGGCUUCGUCACUAAUGGCGCCUUUUGUUUUUCUGAGUCAUUGUCAUCUGGUCAAGCUUAUGUCACUUUUUUGAGCCUCCUGCAAUUAAUUUUAUUAUUAGAUAAAUGCAGCGUCUCAAGAAAUGUUCUCUUAAUCAGGAACUAUGCCUCCACUCAUUACAAAUUUGCUGCCUUCUCCCUAGCACUAUAAAUUACUUUGCCCUGUUUUUCAUCCUUAAGUCGUUGUGAAUAAACUAUGUGUUUGUCUUUAAGCAUGAAUUAGACAUCCUUAACAUCUCUCCUUCAUGAGGCCAUAGGCUUUGCAGGGCUCAGAAUCCAAAAGUUCAACCCUUUUAAUGUUCAAAUACAUUCACUGUCGUCUCAGUAUGUAUUUGUCUGUGAAAACAGAGAUGAAAUGGAUUAAUACUGAUCACCCAUCAAUAUGUUUACAUUCAGUUAAAAUUACAUUGAAUUUCUUUACUUUUUUUACAAAACACUUUUGUAAGUCUUUAUUUUGUAUAGUAUUGUUUUUAUUAAAAAAGAGAAAAACUUGCAUUUCCCAUUUCUUUAUUAAUAUAUAUAUAUAUUUCCUGAGCUACCUA